UUUCUGUGCGAGUGAUCUCAUUAUUUCUUCUCAUCCCCAGUGGAAAUACCCAGCGAUUCAAUAAAAACAAACUAUUCGCAGUACAUCCUUCAGAGUAAACGCAGGUCACUUCUUUUCUGGAAACAAAAAUGGCUGUUAGAGGUAAAGCAUUUCAAAUUCUAAUUACUGUCGCAUUAUGCGUAGCGGUUAAUGGAAGACCAUCAUCGGACCCGUAUCUAGAUUAUGAUUCAGACUCAGAAAACGCGAUUAACGAGGUGUUCCUCCCGGAGCCAUCAUCUACAACUACAGGAGCACCUUCUACAACGGAAACUACCACGGAAUACAAGUAUAAACAAAUUGCUGAGGCGUACACGGUGAAAAUGCCAGAGUUGCAUUCAAUCCGACAUGCCGCAGGAACGCACUAUUUCGAACUACAGCCUGGGGAAGAUCUCAACACAAGACUGCUGGAAGAGAAACGCAUACAUUUUGAUGAGCCUUUUUCGAGAACUCCUGCCCCACGUUAUACUGGAUAUUCUGCUCCUCCUAAGUGCUAACCGCAAGACUACACGGGUCAGUUAUGUUUGCAUGUAAACAUUCAGUUAAAAAUUAUUUCAAUAAAAUUAGAAACUGACAACAAA